AUGCGUCGCGACGCCUCGGCGAGCGGCGCCGCGGGGAUCGAGGACGAAGGCGGCGCCGGUGGCGAGCAAGCGCGCUACGACACGGCGUACGCGUGCGAGGGCAAGACGCUCAAGAUCGAGUGCAAGGAGGGCGAGCUUAUCCACCUGAUCCGAGCCAACUACGGCCGCUUCUCCAUCACCAUCUGCAACGACCACGGCAACACCGACUGGAGCGUCAACUGCAUGUCGCACAAGUCGCUGCGCGUGCUGCAUAACAGAUGUAGCCAGCAGCAGAACUGCAGCAUUCUUGCAAGCACAAGUAUGUUUGGUGAUCCUUGUCCAGGCACUCUAAAAUAUUUAGAGGCUCACUAUCAGUGUAUGCCAGGAUAUAAGAGACUGAAUAAUUUGACUGUUACACGCAAACUUGACGCUGGUGGCGCUUCGAUCGCCAGGGAGGAGAACUCUUUUAAGUCGGGCGCGAUUCGGCGCGGUGGUUGUGACGGCGGCCCGGGCGGGCGUUGUUGCAGCGGCCACCACCACCACCACGAGCAGGCCCAGCCCGCCCUGGCUCAUCACGUCGCAGCCCAGCGUGUGGAGCACGGCCAGUCGCUGACGGUUGCUGCGACCGCCGCACAAGGCGCCAGUACCCCGAAGGCGGCGGGGCGGGGCCCGGCGGGGCGGGCCGACGCGCCCCACGCCCCCCGGCGCCGCCUCGCCCCAGCGCCCGCGCCCGCUCCCGCCCGGGUCCAGGCCCGGCCCGGCCCACCUUCGGCCCAGCAGCUCGACGUAUGGCCGCCGCAGCAGCAAGCGCCAGCUCAGCAGCGCGCGCCGCGGCGGGGCCGGGAGCGGCGCCCGCGGAGACGCUGCUGCCGCACGCGCCGACCACGCCGCCGCCCGCGCCCACCACCGCCGACUGGAGGACCACCCGCCGGACCACCACAGGUCAGCUGCGCUUCGCGAUCGACUACUGUUGAGGAGACAGCGCACCGGUUUCAAUCGUCCAGCACGGCGGCGGUGGAGUCGGCGGCGCCGCCCCCCAGCGUCACGUGGUUCCAGGAGAGCGAGCUGGCGCAGCUGUGCGGGCCGGUGAGCGCGCGCAACCUGUACUGGAACUGGACGUGGGCCGGGGACGUGAACGUGCAGCCGUGCCCGGGCGGCGCCACGGGGCUGGCGAGCUGGCGGUGCUCGCCCGGCGUGGGCGGCGGCGCGGCGGCAGCGUGGCGCCCGGCCUCGCCCGACCUCAGCGAGUGCCGCUCCGUGUGGCUGACGAGCCUCGAGGACCGCGUCAACGACGGCGACUCCAUCACCAGCAUCGCCGGCGACCUGGCGCAGGUGGGGGCUCAGUGCUGUCUACGUAGCCUAGAUUGGAUUGGCGGGACGGUUCUUUUCGGCCGUGAAGCGAUCGUUACUAGAAGUAAAACACUAUAUGGAGGUGAUAUGAUGACAACAACAAAAAUUAUAAUGAAAAUGGCAAAAAAGAUGUCUGCGGAUAUUCAGACAUUUCCAGAUCCACGGCAAAGAGAAGCAUAUGUUACAGAACUAUUGAAUGGUGUUGUGCGAACUGGAAGCAAUUUACUUGACAGUGCUCAACACCCGUCUUGGAGAGAUUUGAGUUACAAAGAACAAAUGAGGGUGGCUACGUCCUUGUUGACAGGACUAGAAGAAAGUGCAUUCCUAGUGGCUAAUACUGUAGUGCAAGAAAAGACUGUUAUUCAAAACGUGAAAAAUAUAUUGUUGAGUGUUCGAGUGGUAAAAACCAGGAACGUUGGCACAGAGCAGUUCCCAUUGCCAGCAACUCUGGAAGUGUGGCCAGUGAGUCAGGACUGGCUCCAGCUUCCACGUGGAGCUUUGCUGGAGAACAGUGAAGGGGGCUUGGUGCGUCUUGUGUUUGUGGCAUUUGACCGUCUGGAGGAGAUUUUGCAGCCACAGCCACCACGAGAACAUAGUAAUGUUACACGGGUACUCAACACGAAAGUGAUAUCAGCUUCCCUUGGCAAGGGACGACACAUCCAGUUAUCCGAACCAGUCCGUCUAUUUCUGCGUCAUUUGAUUACAGAAAAUGUUACUAAUCCUUCCUGUGUUUUUUGGGAUUAUUCUGAAAGUGCUUGGUCUGAUGAAGGCUGCAGAGUUGAACAGACAAAUCACACUCAUACUUUGUGCCAGUGCAAUCAUCUUACCAAUUUUGCUGUUUUAAUGGAUGUUCAUGCCACAUACUUGACACCGUCCCAUCAGAUGGCUCUGCAAAUUAUUACUUACAUUGGUUGCAUCAUAUCCGUGGUCUGCCUUGUUUUGACAAUUGUGACCUUCCAGUUGUUUCAAGGACUUAAGUCUGAUCGAACAACCAUUCACAAGAAUCUAUGUGUUUGCUUACUGGUAGCUGAAAUUCUAUUUCUGGCAGGCAUUGGUCAGACUGAGAAUCAAAUGGUGUGUGGUGUAGUUGCUGUCCUGUUGCAUUUCUUCUUUUUAUGUGCAUUUGCAUGGAUGUUCCUUGAAGGUUUUCAGCUGUAUGUAAUGCUCAUUGAGGUGUUUGAAGCUGAGAAGUCACGCAUUCGUUGGUACUACAUGUUUGCAUAUGGCGCUCCUCUCAUUAUUGUGGCUGUGUCUUGCAUUGUGGACCUUCCCAGCUACGGCACUGAGCGCUACUGCUGGUUGCGAGCUGACAACUUCUUCAUAUUCAGCUUCGUCGGACCAGUUAUUGCUGUGAUACUUGCCAAUCUAGUCUUCUUGAGUAUGGCAAUAUACAUGAUGUGUCGGCACGCCAAUGCAUCUGCUUCUAUGAAGAGUAAGGAGCACUCUCGGCUGGCCAGUGCCAGGGCCUGGCUGCGUGGUGCCAUCGUGCUCGUGUUCCUCCUUGGACUCACCUGGACAUUUGGCCUGCUAUACCUGAACGAAGAAUCAGUCAUUAUGGCUUACAUAUUUACUGUAUUGAAUAGCUUGCAGGGACUGUUUAUCUUUGUUUUCCAUUGUGUUCAAAAUGAGAAGGUUCGCAAAGAGUAUAAGAAAUUUAUCCGAAGGCAAUCCUGGUUACCUAAAUGCCUGAGGUGUUCGAAACGCUCAAACAACAAAGAGAGGCGCUCGAGUUUGUACGCAGGCUCGAAUGGGAAUCCUUCUGCCCCCAACUCCCACAGUACAGACAGCUCCGCGCUCUCACCUCACGGGACAAGUUACCUGCUGCGCCGGGGGUGGAGCUCGCGCAGCAGCCGCGGACGGCCCGCGCCCAGCCCCGGCCCUGGGCCCAGCCGGCCCGGCCGGGCUGGCGCUAGCGCAGCUGGCGCAGGCGGCCAGGAAGUGGAGGUGUGUGUUGCCACCUUGCCUUAUACCCGUCCCCCUUCUAACCUCCCCAAAUCUGCUACUACCUGGGGAUCGCUCCAUAAGCCUUUGAUGUGGAAGAACAUUUCGUUUAAGUCAUACAGUCGAGAUUCUGGUCACGGUGGUUCAGAGCAAGAGGAUUCGCCUCGAUCACAUACUACCACCACUCUUAACAGCUUGAACAACUUGCGUAUUUUGAACAACAGUAAGGACACUCGCCGCCAACCUUAUGUGCCCGCAGAUUACAAUCAAGGAAUUACUAAUGAUUUGUCUAAUGCAGGACACAAUAUUCCUGUGGAUUCGGAACCAGUUUCCGAAUAUUGUCAUGAGCCACAAUGUGAAGAAAUCCCUGUAGCUAUUGGGUCUCCUACAUUGCAGCUUCAUGUACCUGGCAGAACCACAAAGAAACCCAACAGUACAAGCAACCUUUUGCGCUCAACAAGUCCAUGGAACCAUACUUACACAGAGAUUCGAGAGGGCAAGGUUCCAUCCAUGUCUCAUCCUCACCCUCAUUCUCACACGCUUAGUCAUAGCCACCUGCAUUCAACUGUGCCAGAGGAUGAUCCUGUGUAUGAAGAGAUUGAGCGCAGUGAAAUCCAAGUAUCGGAUAUGAGCGAUGAAGAUGGAAAGCGACAAAGCGAUGUCAGUCGCCAGUCUUCAAGAAGUUACGGGGAUCACCGACCGUUAAUACCAUACAGCCCUGCAGCUGACCGCAACUUCCACACUUGCCUUGAUGCUGCUUUAAAGCACAGGUUGAAAGAACAUGGACGUCAUCUGGGUCCCAACAGGGAGCCUCCAGGGGAUGUUGCAGAUGCUGCUCACUAUUUUCCUGGUCACACUCAAUACUUGUACACCGGGGAAAAUGCCAGAACUGUGGCUGUGCUCGAUGGUGAAACAGUUGUCUGUCAUUUACAACCUGAUCGUGACAUGUACUCUCAUAAUCCAUACAAUUCUAGAACAGUACUUCCUCCAUAUAGUGAGUGUUAAUAGUGACUUGUGUUGAUAUGACUUUCACUUCUGUAUGAUACAGGAGUUAAAUGGCAUUUGUGUACAGUACGAAAAGUGCCGCUUUCUAACUCUAUUUUUGAGUGUGCACUUACAGACUUGUAUUUCACCAGGUACUCGUCGAGCAUAAGCAUUGAGGUAUCUGGUGGUAAAGUGGAUAUUCAGUUCAAGGCGCUUCCUAGCGAGUUCUCAUGAAUACAUAGUGUUAAUAAGACCACAAAAGAAAGUUACUGCUUGAUUUGUAAUUCCUGUAAUGCCUUAAAAGCACAGUCGAUCAUACGAGUGUUCUAUGUAAAUAAUGUAUAUAGUGCUUUGUACAUGUUGGAAGCCAGCAACAGCCCCACUUCUGUGUCAUGUUGAUUGAAGUAAAUAAAAAAAAUAAACCUGUGAUGAUGCCAUUGAAUAGAUUGGGCUCGAUGGCUUAAUGCCUCUUGAAGACUGUUAAUUAACUUGUAAGUACUGAAAUUAUGAACAUGCACAACCAUUUGAAAAUAAAUUAUUUAAGAGUUAUCCUGUGUGUUAUUCUUGCCCCGUUUCUGCCCAGAAUAUACUAUUGAAUAUAUUCAAUUGUGUGUGGUAUUUAAUUUAAUUAAAUGGUUAUAUUGACAAAAAUUAGACAUUAAUUUUUUAUUUGUGAAACUGUUAACGACAAACAUUAGAAUUAUU